CUCUGGAGUAAAUCACAACUUCUGGUGGGUCUGACAAUUCAAACAGCACAUUAUUAUUAAUAUUUUUUUUGCCUCAUUUUUUAAUCAAUAAGCUUAAAUAGUAACAGUGACAAAUGUUUGACAAGUUGAGCUGUUUACCUUUAGUUUUGUGUACUGAUGGAUCUGGUUUCCAUGCAUUCAUAUCAUGCUUACACACAGGUCGAUAAUAUUCUGCAUAGUAGUAAGACCUAUUAUUGCGUAAAGAUGUCGGCAUUCUGCUUUCCCAGAUAACACGACUUUGAUUAAAAUCUGCAUAGUAGACUUCAUCAUCAUCCAAUGUCACAUAGGUUUGUGUGUCACCCGAAUYAAAGCAUGCAAAGAUAUGACAAAGUGUGUGAUCACCUGGAAAAACACAAAUUAAUUAAGCAUAAAAAACAGCUUGUUCCAAUUUAAAACCCAUUAACAAAUGGACCGGUACACAUUUUAGUUCAGAUUUAAGCUAAUAAGUGCGGCACCUAAACAGAAAUAGCUGUACUUACUUUCUGCACAGAUGCAAAGUGCUCCAGAGAGAAGAAGUAUCAUUUUAUAGUACAUUGUAUUCACUUUGUACUCAUUUAUGUGCUCUGCCAUGGCUCCUAUGCUUCUUGUUAACAUUCAAGGAAAUGAAAAUACACAGAAGUUACUGAUCAGAAAACCCGUCCUCAGUUCUAAAUAUGUCAAAGUAAAAGAACUGGUUACACAAGUUCUUCAAGACUAUUUUGUUCUUUGUGUGAGGGCAUUUAUCUUUGUUGUACUUACCAAGUACAUAGCAUUAUAAAGAUAUCAUUUUCAUACUGUUUAUAGUUUUCUAAUGUAGAAUGAAGAAAACAGUUAAAAAAUGUUACUGGCACAAAAAUGUGCAACUCAGAGAUUGCUGAAAUUGAAAAGACACAGAAAGUAAAGUGUUCUGUUCAAGUUAAGCUCCUACAAAUUGAGCUACAAACCAGUGAACAGUUUAAAACUUUCCUGUUUCAAAUAUUUUAAGAGGAGGUGUUAUGAUUUGUUAAAUAAUAGAGGUUACAAAAUGAUAAUAACAAUAACAGGAAUAAUAAUAAUUAGACACAGUAAAUUGAUAGGUGUUAACAAAACUAAAUCUUUAAAUAGAAUAGAAAAACAAAAUGGAAUGAAGGUAAACAAAGAUGUUAGGUAAAGUUUUACAUAAAAAAAGACUAACCAACUGUCACUCAAUGUAAUUUUGAUGCCUUAGAAAGAAGACACUAAAUCCAUGUGUAGAAAUAAUGUGUUGUUCAAAAUGGUAUGUCCGAAUAAAACAGGAAUCCACUUGAUUUCUUCUUAAAACUUUAUUCUCAAAACUUCUGACUCCAGUCAGGUUCACAGUACAGCACUCAGCACWGGCCUCAGCAUAAGGUCUUGAGCUAAAACCAAAACACAACACAGUAAUAAUCCGAAUGUAUCGUCUACUUGGGCACAAUCAGAUCAUGACGAGUGUUUACAUGCACCAGGCUUUUAUUCAGAACAGAAGCACUGACAUUCUCAAAGUUGUAAAUUUUAACUAAMAACACACAGAAGAAGCAGUUCUACUUCUGAUGAACAUAACCAUCUUCUGAGCGCUCAGAAUGGACCAGCGUGAGGUUUUAAUAAUGGUGGAGACGUUACUGCACUCCCUGGUUGAGCUACAGGUGAUGUGCAGAUUUUAUUUAUUUAUUUGUUUAUUUAUUUAUUGAUUGAUUGAUUGAUUUUUGGGGGGCAGCGCAUGCAGUUUGUCUUCCUUUACUGAACGAGAGAACGGGAGGAAAAGUUCUGUGCUGCUGGAAACUAUAGCACUGCUGUCCCUCCCUCUACAAAAGUGCAGAAACCGAUGGAUGAAAGUCAGCAGACAUGCGCAGUCAGACCAGUUUUCCACAAUCAGAAUAAAAUGAUCAGAUUAAAUGUUUACAUGCACGCUGUUCGGAUUACCAAUUGGCAUAAACAACCUCCCUCAUUACGAUUACAAACUUAUUUGGAUCAAGCUGAAUCAGAUCAGAAUAAUCCAAAUGGGGUGUUUACAUGAUGCAUUUUUAUUAUGAAUGACCAUUUAAUCGGAUUACUUAUGUCCAUGUAAACAUAGCUAUAGCUCUGCAGCCAAUCAAUACCUUUCAGAAGAUAUGCAACUUUUGGUGGUGGAGACGUUCUUUGCAGUUUCCAGUCUUUCCUCCGCACCGCACUCACCCAAAUCUUCUGUCGCCAUGGAUCUUUCUGAAAAUUAAAAAAGCUUGCAGCUGACCCUGCACCAUUCGUGCACACAAAAGCCUAUCUUUUAUUCCAAAAACAAGGUUAUGURUUUUAAGUGUAAUGUUACAUAGGCCUACAAUAUAGUGCACUCCUGGAAUAGACAACAAAUUUAUAGACCCCGUGAAUUAACAAGCAGUAAGCGUAAGCGUAUGUAUGUAAACUGCAAUGGAGUCUGAAACCAAAAUAUGUGUGUCUGGUAUGCAGUGGGAUCAUAUACAACAGGAAGUAGGUGCAGAGCUUGAUUGUUUGGGCAUACAGAAGUCUGCCAUUUAUUUCCUCUUAUGUGAAAAUAUAAACAGAAACUGUGUUUCUCUGAGUGCCACUCAUGAGGAAACAUGCUCGCUCCUACGUUCUUCUUCAGUUUGGUUGUCUCUCUCUUCAGUUCAAUUUCCUCAGAUGGAGAUUUUUACCAGGUCAAAGCAUGUUGCCAGUUCAAGGGUCCAUUCAUGAUUAAUCCAGAGUACAUACUUGUAUCUAGUUUUAACAAGCAGGAAAUGAUGGAGUACAACAGUACAAGAGGCUACUGGAUUGGAUUCACUUCUUAUUCAAUAAGAGCUGCAAAUAUAUGGAACGCUGAUAUCAAUGAUGCAGAGUCAAGAAGAAUUGAGAAAAGUAUUUUGUGUGACAACUCUGUACACCUAAUCCAAAACCUACGGAUGUAUACAACAGCCCCCUCCAUCACAUUAAAAACAGUCAUACCAUCUGAUGGUGAACACCCAGCCAUGGUAGUGUGCAGUGCCUACAACUUUUACCCAAAGSAAAUCCAGCUGACCUGGUUAAGAAAYGGACAGGAAGUGAGUGAGGGGGUCAGUCACUCAGAUGCGWUUGCUGUCGGGGAUUUWUACUACCAGAUCUAUUCACACCUGGAGUACACCCCAGUUUCAGGAGAAAUAAUCACCUGCAUGAUCAAACAUGUCAGCCUUCCCAAACCAAGACUCGUCAACCUCAAUGAUUCUCUUUCUGUAGAUGAAAAAGUUCAGAUUGGUGUGGGAGUUUGUGGACUCUUGAUCGGUUUGAUUAUUCUCAGCUCUGGAUUUUUGUACUAUAAGAAAACAUCUUCUGUAUACAGCACUGUAAACCAAGGUCAAGCAGUCAACAAUGAGACAAACUUACCUGAAGAUGGAGCUUUGUAGAAGCCUAAAAUAAAACAACUGUUUUACCCUCCAUGGUACAUCUGUGUACAUCUGUGUACAUCUGUGUUUUACGGGUAUAUGGGGUUAUAGGCAAGUGCUGGGAGUUGAAUUUAUAUUUUGCUUAUAUCAUUUAAGAGGUUUAAACUGAACACAGGCUUUUAGUUCAUUUCUCAAUGGAACAAGCAUUUUGACCUCUUCUUUCUCUUAUCAACUGUAAUAAGCUUUAAAUUUUUGUACCAGUAACUGUUUGUUUCUUUGUUUGUUUCUUUGUUUUUACUGUUUUCCUUGUUUCACAAGAAACAUUCAAGCAAAUAUGAGAACAAUUGUAAAGUGAAGCUGGCUGAAUAAAAAAGCCCUCACACACUUUUGUUUCUUCUU